AUGGCAUGCUUAAACAUGUACAACAAUGACCAACAGGGCGGCAUCCAUUCCACAAUGGGGCCAAGAAUCUCUUUCUCCAAUGACUUUGCUGAUUCGCAGUACCCCAUCAAGCAUGAAAACAGCUACAGAGAAGCCCCUGUUUCUUCCGACUUCGAGUUUUCUGUCUCCGGUUACAACAUGAUUCCUGCUGAUGAGGUCUUCUUCAAGGGCAAACUUAUGCCUACUAAGAACUCUGCUACCAAAACCACCAUAAGGGAUGAACUCCUAGCCGACGAUGAUGAUGAUCUUACGGAUGGCGCUUCACCUCGAGUCACCAAAGGGAUGAGCAGGUGGAAAGAGCGUUUAGGCCUGAAGAGAUCUCAUAUUCAUCAUGUGCCCAGAAAAUCUUUUGAUAAGAUUAAUGUUCCUCAUGAACUUGUUCUUGAAAGUAUUGAUGAAACCGCCACAACUUUUUCAUUCGGGGAGCAUUGA